GUCAAGCAGCAAGAGUGGAAAGAUCUCCAUUCUCUUCCUCCUCGAACGCCUCAUCCUCCAUCUCCUCCACUGUAAGUUCUAGCCUUAGCCUUCAUAUCCCUAUUCCAUCCUUUGUUUCUCGAUCUUUUUUCAUUAUCCACCCUUUAUAGUUUUUUUAUCCAUGUAUUAUAUACACGAGUUUACAAGAUGUGAGGUUAUAUAUGUGUAGGGUCUAAGUAGUUCAUUUGAUCUAUAUAGUACACUUGUGUUGACAUCCAUGUUUAUGCCUCUAUAUAUAUACGUGUUGGCAUUUUAUGGUUUAUUUUCUAUGUCGAUCUUAUUUGGCUGCGUCUAUUUUUUGGAGCUACAUGAUUUCAUAAAUAGAAAGAACAUGCAAAAUUAAUCAUGCAUAUAACAAUCGAUCAAUCUAUAUGACGGAAGGUACCAGAUUUCUUCUGUUACUUUUCAUCAUGUUUUGGGACUUCUAUAUUAGUGAAACUAUGAUGUCACUACUUAAUAUCAUUUUUGUGUUGACUCUUUUUAAGAAUAACAAUCUCCUUUGUGUAUUUAGCAUGAGUGAGUAAGGGAAUAACUAAUUUCCUUAUCCUAUUGGGAAUAACUAAUUCUUUAUUCUAUUUUUAAAUUCGUUUAUCUGAUCAUGGCAUCCAAGGCCCAAGGAUCCUCCUUUAUGAAGGCACUAGUUGUUGAGGACACCACAGUUCAAAGGAUGGUCCUCUCGGCAAAGUUACGUAAUUUUCAAUGUGAGAUUACUCUCGCCAUGAAUGGAAAAGAAGCAGUUAACCUAUUCCUUGUGGGGAAGAAGUUUGACAUUAUUUUUUGCAAUAAGGACAUGCCCAUCAUGACUGGUCCUGAGGCAGUUGUAAAGAUUCGUGCUAUGGGGGAAACUGAUGUGAAGAUUGUUGGGAUGUCAGCUGAUGAUGAUGCCAUGGAGGUGUUCAUAAGUGCUGGUGCUGAUGUUUUUGUGCCCAAACCAAUCAAGGUUCAGGAUCUCGAGUCUAUAAUUAAGGAAGUCAUGAACAAGAAUAAGAACACCAUGGUCUAGCACAAUCCAACUUCCUUGAGCGAUGGAGGAAAUGUUUUUCUGCUCCUGGAACUAUGUUUUCUUAUGUAUGCAUUGUCCUGUUGUUUAGUUUCAUUGUGUUGUAUCAUUUUUAAAGAUUAAUGUUAAAGUCCGCUUGUUCUAAGCAA